ACUAUGUCAAAAGUCAAAACUAUCGAAAUCAAAAACACGUCUACCAGUACCUAUAUUUUUAUCACAGUUUUAUUCUUUUGGAGGUUGGAGUUUAUUUUUAUUAUCAAAUAAUCUUUUGAAACAAUUAUAACAUGAUUCGAUAUCGAGGGAAGAAAAAGGUGAUAGACAAGGUGAAGGAACUGGACGCUUUCUCAAAAGUUCCCGAAGAGUACGUGGACAGUACGCCGGUUGGUGGCACCUUUUCUGUGAUAACUUUUUUUAUAAUAAUGUGGCUGGUUUACAGCGAAGUUACAUACUUUUUAGAUAGCAAUUUAGUGUUUAAAUUCGUGCCAGACACGGAUAUGGACGAAAAGUUACGAAUUAACAUAGAUAUCACUAUCGCAAUGCCUUGUUCGAAUAUCGGUGCUGAUAUUUUGGAUUCGACGUCUCAGAGUGUUUUUGGGUUCGGAGAGUUGCAGGAAGAGGACACUUGGUGGGAGUUAACCCAGGAACAGCAAGACGCUUUUGAUGCGGUUAAGUAUAUUAACUCCUAUCUAAGAGAAGAGUAUCAUUCUAUUUGGCAAUUGCUUUGGAAAAAGGGCCACGGAUCCGUCAGAGCGACGAUACCACCGAGAAAAACUAAGCCGAACCGUAGGCCAGAUGCUUGUAGACUUCAUGGAGUGUUGAUACUGAAUAAAGUAGCUGGUAACUUCCAUAUUACUCUUGGAAAGAGCUUACCUUUACCCCGUGGUCACAUACAUUUAAACAUGCUCUUUGACGAUGUCCCACAAAACUUCAGCCACAGAAUACACAGGCUCAGCUUUGGGAGCCCCGCAAAUGGCAUCAUAUACCCACUUGAAGGUGAUGAAAAAAUUGCAACUGAAGAAAAUAUUUUGUACCAAUACUUUAUAGAGGUUGUGCCUACUGACAUUGAUACUGCAUUCGAGUCAAUCAAAACGUUUCAGUACGCCGUAAAAGAGCUUGAAAGACCAAUAAGUCACCAUAAAGGCUCUCAUGGAGUCCCAGGAUUAUUUUUCAAGUAUGACAUGGCAGCGUUAAAAAUAAAAGUUUACCAGGAAAGAGAAAAUUUACUUCAGUUUAUGCUCCGCCUCUUUUCAAUCAUUGGUGGUAUUUAUGUAAUAAUUAGUUUUAUUAACACCAUAGUGUUGGCUAUACGGACUAAACUCUUGAAUCCUACUGAGCCAGAUAGGUAUAAAAAGUCAGAUAAUGCUAGGUCUACACCUGUUGCAGGUAAUCCUUUGUUAACACCAGCAGAUCUGAAUGUACCUUUAGAUUUAUUGAGACAAUGACACUAAGGUCAUUUUAGUAAUGUUGUGCUUAGUCUUUGACUUCAAGUGUUAUUGAUCAGCAGGUUGAUUCCUUAUAUACUGUCAAACACAAUAAGUUUUUGGCUUACUUCUAUAAUUAACUGAGAUGACAUUAUAACUGCUUUACAACCUCUGGCACAGUGGUGAGUGGACCAGUUGCAAAUGAGCAAACCCUGUGGUCAUAUACAUAUAAGUGAGUGGUAUCAGGUUCAAUUCCUAAUGGGGCAAUUUUGAGAAUUUAUUAUUUCAAAAUUGUGUCUGGUCUGGUUUGGUAUGAAGCUUCUGCUGUGGCAAGUUACCACCCUGCUGGUAAAGCUGUGCCCCCAAGUGAUAUAAUUCCAGUAUAUUGUGGUGUAGUAAAUGAUGAGGGGUACGGCUUUAAUAAAAACUGCCAUACACCUUCCAAGUUAGUCCACUUCCACAAAUUGCAUCAUCACUUACCACCAGAUGAGAUCGCAGUCAAGGGCUAACUUGGUUAACACAAGACAUCACUUAUUUGUUGCAUAUUAGGCUAAAUAGUUUAAGCACAAAAAAUAAUUUGUGAAAUGUUAUUCUCUGUAUAUAAGUAAUAGAUGUUGACAUUUUACACUUUUAUAAUGACUAAUUUAUUUAAAAUUGUGAAAUUAAUUUAUUUUGAUUUUCUUAAUUUUAAGUUUCUUAGUGGUAAGCAUUAGAAAUUACUCUA